AUGAAGGUCGCUUUGGCAAUUGCUGUGUUCGCCCAGCUAGCACUGAGUGAUGCUUUGGCACUCAUCAGUAUCCUUCGAGGAAGAGAUACCGAAUCUCCAGAACCCGAGGUUCCACGACUACACCUAUUCAAACCUCGUGGGUUCACAAAUGAAACCUCUGAAACCCAGAGUGCACAACCCACCUUUCUGUGGAGUAACUCUACCUACAGUGGAGUCAGUAUAACUCCAACUUCAGAUCUGUCAUUCUCGCUGUCCACAACUCUUUUGGGCGAAUCGACUUCCAGUGCAGGCACCAUCCCCCAAACUUCUAUCGAGACGCCGGCCGAAAGUUCAUCAGACAGUUCACCAGAAUCCUCGUUAAAUGAAUCGGCUACAUCUUUAUCUGAAACGUCGUCAGAAACCUCUUCAGAGAAUUCAACUGAGAGUUUGUCAGUAACCUCCUCACAAACUUCGUCAGAAGGGUCGUCAGCAACUUCAUCUGAGAGUUAUUCAGCAACUUCAUCAGGAAGUUCGCCAGGCAGUUCAUCUGAAUACUCAUCUCAGACAUCCUCUGAGUUUUCAUUUGAGAGUUCAUCUGAGACUUCCUCUGUGACUUCAUCUGAGAGUUCGUUUGUGACUUCAUCUGAGAGUUCGUCUGAGAGUUCGUCUGAGAGUUCGUCUGAGACUUCGUCUGAGACUUCGUCUGAGACUUCGUCUGAGACUUCAUCUGAGACUUCCUCUGAGACUUCCUCUGAGAGUUCGUCUGAGAGUUCGUCUGAGAGUUCCUCUGUGACUUCGUCUGAGAGUUCAUCUGAGACUUCCUCUGAGAGUUCGUCUGUGACUUCGUCUGAGAGUUCGUUUGUGACUUCAUCUGAGACUUCCUCUGAGACUUCCUCUGAGAGUUCGUCUGAGAGUUCGUCUGUGACUUCAUCUGAGACUUCCUCUGAGAGUUCCUCUGUGACUUCGUCUGAGAGUUCGUCUGAGAGUUCAUCUGAGACUUCAUCUGAGACUUCCUCUGAGAGUUCGUCUGUGACUUCGUUUGUGACUUCAUCUGAGACUUCCUCUGAGAGUUCAUCUGAGAGUUCAUCUGAGACUUCCUCUGAGAGUUCCUCUGUGACUUCGUCUGAGAGUUCAUCUGAGAGUUCAUCUGAGACUUCCUCUGAGAGUUCAUCUGAGAGUUCAUCUGAGAGUUCAUCUGAGAGUUCAUCUGAGAGUUCAUCUGAGAGUUCGUCUGAGAGUUCCUCUAAGAGUUCAUCUGUGACAUCAUCUGAGAGUUCAUCUGAGAGUUCGUUUGUGACUUCAUCUGAGACUUCAUCUGAGACUUCAUCUGAGAGUUCCUCUGUGACUUCAUCUGAGAGUUCAUCUGAGAGUUCGUCUGUGACUUCCUCUGUGACUUCAUCUGAGAGUUCGUCUGAGAGUUCCUCUAAGAGUUCAUCUGUGACAUCAUCUGAGAGUUCAUCUGAGAGUUCGUUUGUGACUUCAUCUGAGAGUUCAUCUGAGACUUCAUCUGAGAGUUCCUCUGUGACUUCGUCUGAGAGUUCAUCUGAGAGUUCAUCUGAGAGUUCAUCUGAGAGUUCCUCUGUGACUUCAUCUGAGAGUUCGUCUGAGAGUUCCUCUAAGAGUUCAUCUGUGACAUCAUCUGAGAGUUCAUCUGAGAGUUCGUUUGUGACUUCAUCUGAGAGUUCAUCUGAGAGUUCAUCUGAGACUUCCUCUGAGAGUUCCUCUGUGACUUCGUCUGAGAGUUCAUCUGAGAGUUCCUCUGUGACUUCGUCUGAGAGUUCAUCUGAGAGUUCAUCUGAGACUUCGUCUGAGAGUUCGUCUGAGAGUUCCUCUGUGACUUCGUCUGAGAGUUCAUCUGAGAGUUCGUCUGUGACUUCGUCUGAGACUUCCUCUGAGACUUCCUCUGAGAGUUCGUCUGUGACUUCGUCUGAGAGUUCGUUUGUGACUUCAUCUGAGACUUCCUCUGAGACUUCCUCUGAGAGUUCGUCUGAGAGUUCGUCUGAGAGUUCCUCUGUGACUUCGUCUGAGAGUUCAUCUGAGAGUUCCUCUGAGACUUCAUCUGAGAGUUCAUCUGAGACUUCGUCUGAGAGUUCGUCUGAGAGUUCGUUUGUGACUUCAUCUGAGACUUCCUCUGAGACUUCCUCUGAGAGUUCGUCUGUGACUUCGUCUGAGAGUUCGUUUGUGACUUCAUCUGAGACUUCCUCUGAGACUUCCUCUGAGAGUUCGUCUGUGACUUCGUCUGAGACUUCAUCUGAGAGUUCGUCUGAGAGUUCGUCUGAGAGUUCGUUUGUGACUUCAUCUGAGACUUCGUCUGAGAGUUCAUCUGAGAGUUCAUCUGAGACUUCCUCUGAGAGUUCCUCUGUGACUUCAUCUGAGAGUUCGUCUGUGACUUCCUCUGUGACUUCAUCUGAGAGUUCGUCUGAGAGUUCCUCUAAGAGUUCAUCUGUGACAUCAUCUGAGAGUUCAUCUGAGAGUUCGUUUGUGACUUCAUCUGAGAGUUCAUCUGAGAGUUCGUCUGAGAGUUCGUUUGUGACUUCAUCUGAGAGUUCAUCUGAGAGUUCAUCUGAGACUUCAUCUGAGAGUUCCUCUGUGACUUCGUCUGAGAGUUCAUCUGAGAGUUCAUCUGAGAGUUCAUCUGAGACUUCAUCUGAGAGUUCCUCUGUGACUUCGUCUGAGAGUUCGUCUGAGACUUCGUCUGAGACUUCGUCUGAGACUUCAUCUGAGACUUCAUCUGAGACUUCAUCUGAGAGUUCAUCUGAGAGUUCGUUUGUGACUUCAUCUGAGAGUUCGUCUGAGAGUUCAUCUGAGAGUUCCUCUGAGCUGCUCACAUUGUUGUCCUUGUCCUCAUCCUCGACGACGUUUGAACCUAUCAGAACAACCAAAGCCACUUCUGUCUCUUUGCGAACAGCACUGCCUAUUGGAAAUCCUGUCCAGCCAACGGGUAUUGAUGUUGUACAGAGCUUGUCUUUCGUUGAUACCAGUUCUAAAUCUCUGAAGGCAAGUGCAGAUAGUAUUUUCGCUAUCACUGUGGUCUUACAUUCUGAUGAUCCUCCAACAGAGGGAGCAACUUCUCAAUUCACAAUUCCUACUGUUUUGUACGGUUUUGUCUCACCAUUGGACAUAACCGUUGGUGGAGUUAAAGCGGCCACUGUGACUGGUACCUCUGAAAAUGUUUUCACGAUCUCGUUUACCGACUAUUUCUUUAAUGAAGGGAAACCUUUGGAUGGUCAGUUUUUCUUCUUGGUGAACUUGAGAAGCUCACUGCUGCCACUUAGAAAGCGUGAAGAACAGGUGGAUCUUUCCACUCCAACAGUGCAGCCCUUCGUUUUCUCUACUCCAAAUGGGGACUUCACCUUUGACUUGAAUUUCACUCCUCAGCCUGCCAUUUAUCCAUUUGAAAAGUUUAGUGGUGAUCCACUUUCUUGGGAACUUUAUGUUCCUGGUCCAUUUGCUCUGGUUGCAAUCUCCACUGACUCAGGAUCAAACUACGACCUCGAUUGCGGCAGUGUUAGCGCAAUCGUUGGUAACCAGUAUGAUUCAUUUAAUGUUCUUGUGGGAGGAUCUCUGAUCUCUACGGUUAACGUUUGCUCAGCCUUUUCCCUCACUUCCACUUAUCAGACUGCCAUUUCCCAGGACGACACCUUCAAGAUCACUAUAUUGGGAUCCAUUACCGACUCAAGUAAUGCCGUUUAUGCUAACUCCUUAACUGUCACUAUUGUCUCCGUCUCCGGGGUAUCUACCACAUACACAUUCUCUUCAUCCGCAUUGGGACCCAAUUUCGUUGCACAAAAUGCACAACUUCUUCAGGUUGGAGAAGAUCCGCUCCCUACAAAUACCAAUAAUGUUCCUGAUGACAACCAAGGGGCUUCUGAAACCCAGUCUGCUACCGUCUCUUCUGAGGCAACAUCAGAGGCUUCUUCAACCUUUGAGACUUCUGAAACCAGUUUUGGUGAGACUUCAUCUGAGACAUCUGCAACCAGCUCUGGUGAGUCCUCUGGUGAGACAUCUGCAACUAGCUCUGGUGAGUCCUCUGGUGAGACAUCUGCAACUAGCUCUGGUGAGUCCUCUGGUGAGACAUCUGCAACCAGCUCUGGUGAGUCCUCUGGUGAGACAUCUGCAACCAGCUCUGGUGAGUCCUCUGGUGAGACAUCUGCAACUAGCUCUGGUGAGUCCUCUGGUAAGGCAUCUGCAUCCAGUUUUGGUGAGACUUCAUCUGAGACAUCUGCAACUAGCUCUGGUGAGUCCUCUGGUGAGACAUCUGCAACCAGUUUUGGUGAGACUUCAUCUGAGACAUCUGCAACUAGCUCUGGUGAGUCCUCUGGUGAGACAUCUGCAACCAGCUCUGGUGAGACUUCAUCUGAGACAUCUGCAACUAGCUCUGGUGAGUCCUCUGGUGAGACAUCUGCAACCAGCUCUGGUGAGUCCUCUGGUAAGGCAUCUGCAACCAGUUUUGGUGAGACUUCAUCUGAGACAUCUGCAACUAGCUCUCUUGAGACAUCUUCUGAAACUUCGAGCAGAACAUUUGGCGAGACUUCUUUAACCAGUUCUGAUGAGACUUCUGGCAUUACUUCUAGCAGUCCAGCGAUCCCCACCAGUGUAAGCACUUUAUUGUUGCCAACUGCAGCCCCAAUCUCUAACACAGCAGUUCCAACUGGUCAAAGCAUUAUUCUGAAAGUUGCUGCACAUAACAAUGCAACCAAUGGACAAACUUUCAUUAAGAACAAUCUUCUUACUCUCGCUGUUACCAUUGAAAGUGAUGGCGUUCUUGGUCAGGGCACCCUGGCUCAGUUUACUCUUCCUCCAGCAUUGUACGGCUAUUUGUCCUCAUUUGACCUUUACAGUGCUGAUGGAAGCAUCGUUGGUACAAUAUCAGGUUCUAAUGGAGUGUUCACAGUUACGUUCACAGGUGACUACAUCGCAACACAUAAAGACUUGAGUGGUACUUUCACCUUCAACACUCGUAUUGCGUACCUGUUCUCAGCUCUUCCUAAGCGUGCAGAUGAUGUCAUUGAUCUCAGCGUCCCUGUUGUCCAGCCUAUAAUUAUCAACGUUCCAAGUAAUCUGUUCACUGUGGAAUUGGUUUACGAAGAUGUCACAUCCAUCGGAUCAAUCGAAGAAGUUAAGAUUGGUGACGUCUAUGUAUUUGUCGGAGAAUCAAUUGCAUCCUCGAGCGUUACAUCAUCAGCAACAGGAAUCGAAAGUAGUACUGCAGCAUCUGAAAGUAUUACUGCAAUAUCUGGAGGUAAUACCGAGACUUCUGGAGGUAAUACCGAGACUUCUGGAGGUAAUACCGAGACUUCUGGAGGUAAUACUGAGACUUCUGGAGGUAAUACCGAGACUUCUGGAGGUAAUACCGAGACUUCUGGAGGUAAUACCGAGACUUCUGGAGAUAAUACCGAGACUUCUGGAGGUAGUACUGUGACAUCUGGAAGUAGAGGUGAAACUUCUGGAGUCGAAACGGAGACAGUCACUGAUACACUGAAAGUCCUCAUCACUGUCACUUCGUGCUCCAACAAGAAAUGUACUGCUGUCCCAACCAUAGCAAUUGAGUCGAAGUACACCACAAUUUUGUUCGGAACUGAGGUGAUUUACACAACGUACUGUCCAUUGCCAACAGAAAGCGAGGAUAAAGUUAUAACCGUAACUGUUACUUCAUGCUCAGAGAAUAUGUGUUCCUCGAAGUUAUCUCUUGCAAUUGAGUCCAUCGCAACAGUAACAAAGGAGGGAACCAUUACAACCUACACCACUUUCUGUCCAAUUAGUUCCGCUACAUCUGGCUCUGGUAACUCAGGAACUUCAGGAGGAUAUGGUAGCUCUGGUAGCUCUGGAUCUUCAGGAGGAUAUGGUAGUUCUGGAAGCUCUGGUAACUCAGGAACUUCAGGAGGAUAUGGUAGCUCUGGUAACUCAGGAACUUCAGGAGGAUAUGGUAGUUCUGGAAGCUCUGGUAACUCAGGAACUUCAGGAGGAUAUGGUAGCUCUGGUAGCUCUGGAUCUUCAGGAGGAUAUGGUAGUUCUGGAAGCUCUGGUAACUCAGGAGGAUAUGGUAGUUCUGGAAGCUCAGGAACUUCAGGAGGAUAUGGUAGCUCUGGAAGCUCUGGUAACUCAGGAGGAUAUGGUAGUUCUGGAAGCUCAGGAACUUCAGGAGGAUAUGGUAGCUCUGGUAGCUCCGGUAGCUCAGGUUCCAGUGGAACUGCUACUACUUCCGCUCCCGAACCAUUAGACACUGUUAAUGAAGGCUCUGCUUCAAUUCAAAAGAGCCCCUUGAUUGGAUUGCUCUUCGUCUUUGCGAUAUUAAGCGUUUUCUAA